GAUUAUUCCAAAACUUUGAUCUAUUAAAAGCUGGUUGAUGAACAUAGAAAUACAUGUUGAGAGGAUUUCAUAAGGAAAGGUGCAAACCCCGUGUGUUUUGAGGGAUAACAGUUCAGAACAAUCAUGUGGGUUCAGGGUAUCUUGCUCGUAAUUGGUCUAUGGGGGUCACAUGAUUUUGGGGUGGCUGCGUCAUCAUGCGGAGCUCAAGCUGAAGCUCAUCCUGGAUAUGACAUUUGUGAAGUGGGCGUUGCACCUUCCAGAGAUGAGAGAAGGGUUUGGGACAUAUCCCAUGCAUAUACACCAGAUAUGCCUGUUUGGGAUUCCCCAGAGGGUCUGGGUGACUAUCUUUGGCUGGCUUAUAGCAUGAAAAAUGGGUCCCUGGCAAACAAUUCCGAAAUGAAGAUGGGCACCCACACGGGCACCCAUGUGGAUGCACCUGGUCAUGUUUUUCAGGAGUAUUAUGAGGGUGGCUUUGAUGUGGAUACACUUGAUCUCAAAGUACUAAAUGGACAUGCGUUGCUUGUGGAUGUGCCCAGAGACACAAACAUAACAGCAAAGGUAAUGGAGGCCUUGAACAUUCCAAGAGGUGUCCAGCGUGUGCUUUUUCGAACACUCAAUACUGAUAGGCGUCUCAUGUGGAAAAGACAAUUCGAUACAAGUUAUGUUGGCUUUAUGAAAGAUGGGGCACAAUGGCUUGUAGAUAACACAGACAUCAAAUUUGUUGGAAUUGACUACCUGUCAGUUGCAGCAUAUGAUGAUCUGAUUCCAUCACAUUUGGUACUUCUUAAAAGCAAGGAGAUCAUUUUGGUCGAAGGCUUGAAGCUAGAUGGUGUUGAUCCAGGAAUUUAUUCAUUAAAUUGCUUGCCACUAAGAUUAGUGGGUGCAGAGGGAGCACCUAUUAGAUGCAUUUUGAUGGACUAAAUCUGUGGAUUGUUUUGUACAGUGUGAAAAAUGUGAUGGAUACGAAUUUGAAUAUAUAUGUUAAAUUUUCAAAGGUACGAAGUUAAUGAAAAUUUGCCAAUGCUUGUAGAUACAAUCUUAUUUAUUUAAUAGUUUGGGCAUGAUACUUAUGGUUUUUUUGGGGGAUAUUUUGUAUUAUUACACCGUUGACUAUUUAUUUAAAUGGGCAUGGGGGAUCUUGGCUUAUGUUUUAUUUUAA